AUCAGCACAUUUCUGUGUUCGGUUUUCACCAUAAAAUCUGGACUGCAGCAACCAGCAACCAGUAACGCCUCACGACUUCUCUUUUUUUCUCCCACAAUGCUCUGCGGUAAGGGGUUGUCGUGCGUGUGCUGUUUGUGGUGCUGAAGCUGUGCGUGCUGCCUACCAUAGAUAUUCACUCGAGCAUCCUUCCGCGAGACGACCGGAACGAGGAAUCAGGUUUAGCGACGGAUGGGAAAUUUGAGUUAGUUUCUGCCAGGUGUUUCAGCUUCAUUCAACGAUAUAUAUUCUUAAACAUCCUCGACUUUUAUUUUUGCAAUAAUUCUUUAAACACACACUGACAAAGCGGUUUUCGACGUUGUUUUCGAGGCACGACGUCUCUCCUGCUCAGCCGCGUCCCUGCCUCUCCGUCCUGCGUCCUUUAUGCACAGCACGCUGCUCGGGUCUUCCCAAAUAAAACACACCUUAGUGCCCGAGCACCAUGGCCCACUCCCGGCACUCUCACUGAGAGAGAUGGAAGCCAAGCAGCACCAGAUAAAAAGCCUCAAGAGCUACCCGGAAACCGGUGGCCGGAGCCUGGCUGCCGCUGCCGGAGGAGACGGGUGUCGAGCCGCUGAAAUGGACAUGGAGGCGAAGAUCCAGAAAGCCGUCGACUUCAAGGCGGAGGGUCACCGCUGCUACAAGGAGAAGAAAUUUCGGGAAGCAAUCGGCAAGUAUCACCGGGCGCUGCUGCAGCUCAAAGGGGUGCAUGUGGUGGACGGGACGACAGGUUCCGAGGUCAACCUACUGAACCAAGCCGCAGGCAAGCUGACUGAGGAGCAGCGGAGAGCUGUGGAGAUUACUGAGAUCGAGUGCUACGACAACCUGACAGCGUGUCUGCUGCAGUCCGAGCUGGUGAACUAUGAGCGGGUGAAGGAGUACUGCCUGAAGGUGCUGAGCCACAAGAGGGAUCACUUCAAGGCCAUGUACCGAGCCGGCAUUGCCUUCUAUCACCUGGGUGACUACGAAUGUGCCCUGCGCUACCUGCGUGACGCCAAGAACCGCGAACCCUCAGACACCAACGUGCUGCGGUACAUCCAGCUCACAGAGAUGAAGAUGAGCAAGUGCGGUCAGCGAGAACGAGAGAGCGGCAAAGAGACCCAGGGUUAACUCUCGACCUUUCACCUUCCUGUCCCCAUCAACCUUUCAACCCCGCAGCGACCCUCCCUCGGUCCUCGAUCGACUCCUGGCAGCAGCACAGCCCACAGACAGAAGAGACGGACCCAAUCACCCGCCAGCGAUGGAUCAAAACGGGAGACAUAUCAAGCUCUGUCUGCAACCCAACCUCCUUCUCUUUCUCUUCCCUCUUCUCCUCCCCGUCUUUCUCCCUCAGGUGCUGUGGCUCCUCUCCGUAGACGCAAGACAGUCGAUCAAACAUAAAACACUACAAAAAAAUGCUGUAUUAUAGUCACACGAAGCUUCAAAGCGUACAUAUUAAUAAUGGACAUUUGCGUGAUUUAGUAAAUGUUUUAAAGACAUGAAAUGCAUUUAGUUUCCGCUCUCUUUUUCUCUCUCUCUUUGUCUUAUUUCAAACUCUUGAGGAGAAUAUGAGGAUUGUGAAGCUCGAGCACACCGGGGGUAAAGCAGGAGUGUGUGAACACGAGCAGGGGAUAGUGAGGGGUGUGUGUGACACAUAUCAAGACCUUACCCCAAUUUGAUUGUACAUCCUACCCCAACAGGGCUCACUUAACGCAGGCUGUGGGACAGACUGGCUCGGGAAAGCUUUCAUCAAGUAGAGAAAACGCCUUCCUCUGUGCUUAAUCUAUCGCUCUACUGGCUCCCUUUCGCUUUCCUGGAUGCCAUGUAUGUCACUUUAUGGACCGUUUUUCUUUUUCAAUUCAAGGGCUAAAUUUAGUGUUUGAUAUGUGUUCAUUUUGCUUUUGGUGUUUAUCAAACUCAGUAGAAUCUGUGUCUCAGCAUUUCACCUCAUCAGGUGUGCUAAACUGGUGUGUCUUGAGUCUGUUGUCCAAAGCCCCUUUUUGGUCGUGGGUCAUUGUUAGGACUGUCGAACCCCCCCACUCCCCCUUCCUUUCCCAUCUCCCCCGCCACCCUCGUUCUCCUGUUAAUGAUGUCACAACGGAAAAUAGCCAAUGGGAUCCAGCAACCGCCGUUGGCUAGAUGGAAAUCCACUUUAAAGUUUCACAGUGAAACAUUUCAAAAUGUCUAAUCGGAGGUCCAACCUUUUAUUGCUAAUGCUGAAGCUUCCCAGACAUCGAUAACACGCGGAGGAAACUCUGGGCAGCGUUAGUGCAGGGAAAACAAUCACACACACAUCUGUCCCGGCAGGCAAGACCACCAUCUUGGAGCACUCAUCUUUAGUGCACUUCAACAAGAGUGUGCCGUUUGAGAUUUCUUCCUCUUUAGUGUGUUGACAAAGCUUCUGUGUUUGAAAAUGUUUCCAAAACACAGAGCUGUGAGGACAGACAACACACAGCACUAAACUACACUACUGAUGAUAUGGUUGUUGAUAUCUAUGGCUAGCUGUCAAAAUAUACAUAGAUAAUUUGCUUCUCUUGUGACUUGUAAAGCCAAAUCAUUGAUAAUGCAAAUAUUGCUUUUAUGAUAGAUUUACCACAAGCUUAAAUCUGCCUGCGCUGUUCUGCAGAAGUUUGGAUUGAGGAUUUAUGAAAGCAUGACCUGAAUUCCCUUCUCUCUGAUGCCAUGAAACCCAGUUUCCUCUUGCGCAAGCCCACCUCCUGCAUGUACGUGCGGCUCCAGAGAGUUACUUCAGAUGUAUGGGAUAGGGAUUAUAUCUGCUCUAUUGCUUUCUGUCAUGGCAUGCUGCCACACUGUUCUCUCAUACCUCAUUUUGAUCCAUUAUGCCCCUUAUGAACACAGAAGGUGACAGACUGUGAUCACAGCAGUGGAAUAUACAUCAAAUAAAUGUGAGGAAAGAAAGAGGACUUUAAUGAACAGGGUCACCUUCUGAAUCUGCCAAGGUGAGAGAUAUGAAGUAUCCAAAAAAGAUUUGGAAGAUGGAAUCAAAGAAAGAUUACCCAUUUUUCAGUGACCUGCUAGGAGGUAAAUAGGGACAGAAGUGUGUCAAUGGGUCUCUGGAGAGAUGAUAGCAUGCGCUGAGGGGACCGGCAUGAUACAGAGGGGCUCAGUAGAGGGGGAAGUACAGCAGCUGCAGCUCCGGCAGCACAACAUUACAAACAGAGAGGAUCAGAGCUGGGAGAUUUUUUAUCACACAUUAUUUGGCUAAACAUUUGGAAAUCUGACACUUAAAAUAUUUGAUUGCCAUCUCAUACACAGACUUAAUGUUUUAACCUUCUAUUAUCACAAGUUUUACUUUUCUCAAGUCACAAUAAAGUACACUUGGACUCUCAAGAUAAUAGCAUACAGUACAUAUAGGGCCCUAUGUUGCCAAUAGAGACUGAUGUUGGACAAACACUUGACUUUCACAGCUGAAUUUCUGUUUUCCCGUCAUUGAUAGUAAGAAACCCGAACAGAAAGACCAAGUUUGUCCACUAAGGUUUGUAAGCCAUAUGCUGAAUAUGAAAUUAAUUUCUCAAUAUAUAUAAAUAGCUAAUCGUGUUUUCCUGGUCUUAAUGUUUGUGUAAUGUUUUCUUUAAGGAAAAGUUUGACAUAUUGGUAAAUGUAAUAAUAAUGAAGCUGCAGCCAGCAGCAGGUUAGCUUAGCUUAGCACAAAGACUGAAAAACAGGUGGUAACGUCUAGUCUGGCUCGGUCCAAAGUCACAAAAUCUACCUGCCAGCACCUCUAAAGCUCUCUCAUUAACAUGUUAUUGUUUAUUUAAUCUGUAAUAAGUCUGAAGUAAAGUGAUUAAACAUAUUUACCAAGCUGUUGAACUACUCCUUCAAGUUAUCCCACUGUUUGAUCUGAAUGAAAUGCAAUCAAUGUAACUUAUUUAUCAGAUAGCCAAAUCACACACAACAUCAUAAGGUAAAGGCGGAAAAAAAGAAGGUGUAAUUGCCAAUACCAGUGAGUCAAACACAUCUGAUCCUUCAGCUCUGGGGUUGAGGCUCUGGUAUCAGAGGAAAUAAAUCAAAACAACAGAGAGUAAUGGCGCCCACAGGCUCGGUCUCCAUGGCUGCCUGGGCUCAGUCUCCUCACCCUCAGACCCCUCGGGGAUCGGUCUCCUCCCAUGGUCCUCUCUCCAUGGCACUAGUCUGCCAUCUUGUUUUUGUCUAGUUGUGCCAAGUCAUUCUCGCUCAACGUGUUUUACGACCGCCUAGGGAAAACUAGCUGCACAUAACACAGGUUCCUGAUUAAUGAUAGAGCUGACUCCGAGGCUUUUAUUGUGAGCAUAACGUGUGCAAAUAGAGAUCUCUGCAUCAGUGUAGCUUUGAAACAAACAACAAAAAGCACAACAACAAAAAAAAGACGGACAAGUCAAACUACAGGCUGUGUUAUUUUUGCUUUGAUGUCAUUUGAGGUAAAUGUUUGUCAAAUGUCAGAGUAGUUUUUGUGAAUUAUAUGAUACAAAUGUACAAAAAAUAAAAAUAAAAAUGGAGUUUUAUGGUUGUGAAAAGCUUUACUUUACUGAAAUACUUUAUCAACAGAAAAGAAAAGCAAGAGAUAGAGAAGAGAAUUUAACUGAAGCUCCUCCACAGAGCUGCUUUGUGACUGUGUCUGUAUUCGUUGGUAUUUUUGUUGAUGUCCUUCAUCCUCAGGGGAUCCCGAACCGUCUCGAAGUAUGUGCAACGUCCUUUGAUCCUCCUGUCUGGAUGACCUUUGACUCUUCUGUUUCUGCGCAGUAAGACAAAGAGUAACGCAGUGAACUCUGAGGAACUUGUGUCAGAGUGCAGAGCGGCUCCUUACAGCCACAGAUCUCCUGUUUGGUUCUGUGGCUGUGGAGGGGAAAGGAAAAAAACAUCAAGGCUUUGACUGCAUUUUGUUUUGGGCCUUUUUCCAUUCGACAUCCAAACAUUAACUCCAUCACUGGUUUUAUUGAACUGCUAGCCCGGGAAUGCACUAUUGAUUGGCAAA